UAUAAUUUUGGGACGGGCGAAAUGUAAUUUCUAUGUAGCCGGAAAGAAGAGAUCUCUCCUCCACCAUCGGUCGUCGGGCGACCCUCUUCAGUUUUUCGUCUCCUCCUCCAGAUCUCUUCCGGGAGCGAUCUAAUCUCGAGAUCCAGUUCUCAGAUUCCAGCUAUGCUGACCAAAUUCGAGACGAAGAGCAAUCGGGUGAAGGGGGUGAGCUUCCACAGCAAACGGCCCUGGGUGCUGGCCAGCCUUCACAGCGGCGUUGUCCAGCUAUGGGACUACCGCAUGGGCACCCUCAUCGACCGCUUUGACGAGCACGACGGCCCUGUUCGCGGAGUCCACUUCCACAAAUCCCAACCCCUUUUCGUCUCCGGAGGAGAUGAUUAUAAGAUCAAGGUCUGGAAUUAUAAGACACACCGGUGCUUGUUUACCCUCCUUGGUCAUCUUGAUUACAUUCGCACUGUGCAAUUCCAUGAUGAGCAUCCAUGGAUCGUUAGCGCAAGUGAUGAUCAAACUAUUAGGAUUUGGAAUUGGCAAUCUCGGACCUGUAUUUCGGUAUUGACAGGGCACAACCACUAUGUGAUGUGUGCCUCGUUUCAUCCAAAAGAAGACCUGGUUGUUUCUGCAUCCCUGGAUCAAACUAUCCGUGUUUGGGAUAUUAGUUCCCUUAGGAAAAAGGUUGCGCCAGCUGAUGAUCUCCUGCGUUUGGGUCAGAUAAACUCAGAUUUAUUCGGCGGUGUUGAUGCUGUUGUCAAAUAUGUCUUGGAAGGUCAUGAUCGUGGAGUCAAUUGGGCAUCAUUCCAUCCUAGUUUGCCACUCAUCGUGUCUGGAGCAGAUGAUCGACAAGUAAAAUUAUGGAGAAUGAAUGAUACAAAAGCUUGGGAAGUGGACACUUUGAGAGGUCACAUGAAUAAUGUUUCCUGUGUGAUGUUUCAUGCAAAGCAAGAUAUCAUUGUAUCUAACUCAGAAGACAAAAGCAUUCGCAUUUGGGAUGCUACAAAACGAACAGGUAUUCAGACAUUUCGCAGGGAACACGACCGUUUCUGGAUUCUUGCAGCACAUCCUGAAUUGAACCUUCUGGCUGCUGGUCAUGAUAGUGGCAUGAUUGUUUUCAAAUUGGAGAGGGAACGACCUGCUUUCUCUGUUAGUGGAGAUGCUUUAUACUAUGUGAAAGAUCGAUUCUUGCGAGUCUAUGAGUUCUCAUCUCAGAAGGACAAUCAGGUUGUUCCCAUAAGAAGACCUGGUUCAGUUAGCUUGAACCAAGGACCUAGAACAUUGUCUUUUAGCCCCACUGAGAAUGCUGUCUUGAUCUGUUCUGAUGUGGAUGGUGGAUCAUACGAGCUUUAUAUUGUUCCUAAAGAUGCUGCCGGAAGAGGUGAUUAUAUGCAGGAUGCAAGGAAGGGAGCAGGGGCAUCAGCUGUUUUUGUAGCUCGUAAUAGAUUUGCUGUUCUUGAUAAGAGUAGCAAUCAAGCCAUAGUUAAGAAUCUUAAAAAUGAGAUUGUAAAGAAGAGCCCUCUGCCAAUUGGUACUGAUGCUAUAUAUUAUGCUGGCACUGGUAAUCUGUUGUGCAGGGCUGAGGACAGGGUGCUUAUUUUUGACCUCCAACAGAGGAUUGUACUUGGAGAACUUCAAACUCCAUCUGUUAAAUACAUUGUGUGGUCAAGUGACAUGGAAUCAGUUGCUUUGCUAGGUAAACAUACGAUAGUAAUUGCUAAUAAGAAACUUGUGCACCGUUGCACAUUGCAUGAAACUAUCCGUGUGAAAAGUGGUGCAUGGGAUGACAAAGGUGUGUUUAUCUAUACAACAUUAAAUCAUAUCAAGUAUUGCCUUCCUAAUGGAGAUGGAGGAAUAAUAAAAACACUUGACAACACUAUUUACAUAACCAAGGUUUCUGGAAACAAUAUCUAUUGCUUGGAUCGAGAUGGGAAGAACCAUACAAUAUCAAUUGAUUCGACAGAGUAUGUCUUCAAGCUCUCCCUGUUUCAUAAACGUUAUGAUCAUGUGAUGAAUAUGAUCAGGAACUCACAACUUUGUGGUCAGGCUGUCAUUUCAUAUCUACAGCAGAAAGGCUUUCCUGAAGUGGCUCUCCAUUUUGUGAAAGAUGAAAAGACUAGAUUCAACCUAGCUCUUGAGAGUGGUAACAUUCAAAUUGCUGUUGCUUCAGCAAAAGAGAUUGAUGAUAAGGAUCACUGGUACAGGUUGGGUAUUGAGGCUCUUCGACAAGGAAAUACUAGCAUUGUGGAGUAUGCAUAUCAGAGGACAAAGAACUUUGAGAGGUUAUCUUUUCUUUAUCUCAUAACUGGUAACGAGGAGAAGCUGUCCAAAAUGCUGAAAAUAGCUGAAAUCAAGAAUGAUAUUAUGGGCCAAUUCCACAAUGCCAUGUAUCUUGGUGAUGUCCAUGAGCGUAUAAAGAUAUUGGAGCAUGCUGGUCAUUUGCCUCUAGCAUAUGUGACAGCUGUGAGUCAUGGACUCAAGGAAAUUGCUAGCAGGCUUGCUACUGAGUUGGGUGAAAAUGUUCCCACUUUACCUGAAGGUAAAAAGCGUUCUCUUCUCCUGCCACCUUCAUCUCUGAUAUGCUGUGGGGAUUGGCCAAUGCUGAGGGUAAUGAGAGGUAUUUUUGACAAUGGGCUGGACACUGGUAAAGCAGGGAAUGAGGAAGAGGAAGAUGCUAGCAAUGCUGACUGGGGCGAUGAGGAAUUGGACAUUGUUGAUGUGGAUGACAUGAUACAGAAUGCUGAUAUAGGUAUAACUGCAGAACUCGAUGAUGGAAUUCCAAAUGAAGAUAACGAGGAAGGAGGAUGGGACCUUGAGGAUUUGGAACUACCACCAGAUGCUGAUACACCAAAAGCUUCUGGAAAUGCUACUUCAUUAUUUGUUGCCCCUACUCCCGGCAUGCCUGUUAGCCAAAUAUGGAUUCAGAAGUCAUCCCUGGCAGGUGAGCAUGUAGCUGCUGGAAAUUUUGAUACAGCCAUGCGCUUGCUUACCCGACAAUUGGGGUUCAAAAAUUUUGCUCCUCUGAAGCCGCUUUUCAUGGAUCUUCUUCUGGGAAGUCACACCUAUAUGAAUGCAUUUGCUUCCGCUCCAGCUAUGUCAAUUGCUGUUGAGAGAAAUUGGAGUGAGUCUGCAAGUCCUAAUGUGAGAGGACCACCAGCACUCAUAUUUAAGUUUUUCCAGAUGGAUGAGAAGCUAAAGGCAGCUUAUAGAGCCACAACUGAUGGAAAGUUUCCCGAGGCUCUACGCCUAUUUCUCAAUAUUUUGCAUGCUAUUCCGCUUAUCGUAGUGGACUCAAGAAGGGAAGUCGAUGAAGUGAAGGAGUUGAUUGAAAUUGCCAGAGAGUAUGUUCUGGGCUUAAAAAUUGAGGUCAAAAGAAAGGAACUUAAGGACAAUUCAGUUCGACAGCAAGAACUUGCAGCUUAUUUCACCAAUUGUAAGCUUCAGAAGAUUCAUUCAAGGCUUGUCCUCACUAAUGCUAUGACUAUCUGCUAUAAGGGAGGAAAUUUUGCAACAGCAGCAAAUUUUGCCAGGAUGCUUCUGGAGAACGGCCCAACUGAAAUCCAAGCGAAAAAGGCAAGACAGGUGCUUCAACAUGCUGGUGAUAGACAGGAUGCUAAUCAGCUCAAUUAUGAUUAUAGAAAUCCUUUUGUAGUGUGUGGGGAAACUUAUGUCCCUAUUUAUCGGGGGCAGAAAGAUGUUUCUUGUCCUUAUUGUGGGGCUCGGUUUGUACCCUCUGCUGAGGGGCAUCUCUGCUCUGUCUGUGAGCUUGCAGUGGUGGGAGCAGAUGCCUCAGGUCUGCUUUGCUCUCCUGCACAAUCAAGAUAAAUGAAAACAGGUAUGCCUACAAGCUGUCCUGCUUCGGAAACAUGCAUUGCUCAGAGGCCUUUGUCAUCCCAUCUGUUUCUCUAGCUUUAGUAAAUCUUAUUUUUCUGGGGUUUUGGCACGGCGCAGCUAUUGCCUCUGUCUUUCGUGGAUUACAGUACUGGGUGGAUGUUCUUCAUCCAUGCACAGUGGCCAGAUUUUUUCCGAGGAUAAAACUUAGCUUGGAAUGUCUUCCAAACAUUCACUUCUGAAACAUUUUUUUUUAUAUAUAACUAGACGUCAUAAGUUGGGUCCUAGCCACCAAUCUCUAUUCUCCUUUUUUGUUUCAUUUUUACGCAUAUCGAUUUUUGUAAGUUUUCCAUGCAAUUAAGAAUUUGUUGAUGCGUUGUUGCCAAACCCGAAGGUAUUUUUAUUUUCCUUACAAGUUACUUAGAUUGUGUGACAAAUAUUUCAAUUUACAGAAUUUUAUGCAUUACCGCUGCUGAAAUUUAAAA